CACAUGUGUCUGCGUUGUUUGUACUGUAGAGUCAGGUACGGACUACGGAGGACGCAGGAAGUCAGUCGGUGAAGGCUGCGUACCGAUACAGAUACUGCAAUGCAUUCGCUGCUAUUAUGGGGUCUCUUGGUUUUAACCCUCAUCCAGCCGGAUUCGGCUUUAAUAAGAAUCCCACUGAAGAAGUUCCAGUCAAUACGCCGAACGAUGUCUGAAGCUUCUGGGGAUCUUCAAAAGAUGAUUGCUGAUGGCACCAAUCAAAAAUAUAUUUCUGGUUUCCCUCAGAGUGGGAGUCCCACACCAGAAACCUUACUCAACUACCUGGAUGCUCAGUACUAUGGCGAGAUCAGCAUUGGGACCCCUCCUCAGACCUUCAUGGUGGUCUUUGACACGGGAUCUUCUAAUCUUUGGGUGCCAUCCAUCCACUGCUCCUGGCUGGAUUUUGCCUGCUGGAUCCAUCACAAAUAUGACUCCUCCAAAUCCUCCACCUAUGUGAAGAAUGGCACCGCAUUCUCCAUACAGUAUGGUAGCGGGAGCCUCUCGGGGUACCUGAGCCAGGACACUGUGAUGAUUGGCAGCCUGGGUAUAAAGGGACAGAUUUUUGGCGAGGCCAUCAAGCAGCCUGGCAUCACCUUUGUGGCAGCCAAAUUUGAUGGAAUCCUUGGCAUGGCGUACCCCAGAAUCUCUGUGGAUGGUGUCCCCCCUGUGUUUGAUGACAUCAUGGAACAAAAGCUGGUGGAUGAAAACGUUUUCUCUUUCUAUCUAAAUCGAGAUCCUGCCUCUCAGCCUGGUGGAGAACUCUUACUAGGAGGCACAGACCCAAAGUAUUUCACAGGAGACUUCAACUACUUGAAUGUGACCCGAAAGGCUUACUGGCAGGUUCAUAUGGACCAGGUGGCAGUCGGUGAUCAGCUCACUCUUUGCAAUGGUGGCUGUGAAGCGAUCAUAGAUACCGGAACUUCACUUAUAACUGGUCCAGAAAAAGAAAUCACAGCUCUGCAAAAAGCUAUUGGGGCCAUUCCUCUAAUCCACGGAGAGUACAUGAUCCUGUGUGAUAAAAUCCCAUCUUUACCCGUCGUGACUUUCACUUUCGGUGGCCAAAAGUACACUUUAACUGGCGAGCAAUAUGUUCUAAAGGUAACCCAGGCUGGCCGCACCGUUUGUCUGAGUGGUUUCAUGGGUCUUGAUAUCCCUCCUCCGGCUGGCCCCCUGUGGAUAAUCGGAGAUGUGUUCAUUGGGCAGUAUUACACAGUUUUUGAUCGGGCGAAUGACCGUGUAGGGUUUGCUAAAGCUAAGUGAACGCCACUUCACAGGCUGCAGGAAUGGACUAUCCCAACCACGUCUACUUCACCCCUCCAAUUGGUAGCCCGACACUCCACAAAGGUCCCCACAAAGUCAAAUUGCACCGCACACUGAUAAUUCAAAGUGGUUUAGCUUAGAGGGAGAUCUACUAAGCCAAGGGUGUCCAGCCUGCGGCCCUCUAGCUGCUGCAGGACUACAUCUCCCAUUUCAGCUAAGGGGCUGGCUGAGGAGUAUGGGAGAUGUAGUCCUGCAGCAGCUGGAGGGCCGCAGGUUGGACACCCCUUUACUAAGCAGUGUA